AUGGCAACCGGCAAGACCGGGUCCUCCGACUCCCCCUACGACGAUCUGAUCUCCGAAAUCGCAUCUUAUGCGUACCAUUACAAUGUGCAAAGCGAAAGGGCAAUGCAACAGGCUCGUGUGGCUCUGCUCGAUGCUAUAGGCUGCGUGGUCGAAUGUCUGAAGACUAACCAAGAAUUUACCUCGAUGGUAGGCCCGGUGGUCCCAGGCACCUCCGUUCCCAAUGGAUUUAAACUCCCGGGGACAGCUUAUCAGCUGGACCCUGUGAAGGGUGCUUUUGAUAUGUCGUCAUUGACCCGCUAUCUCGACCACAACGAUGCCUUUCCUGGCGCCGAAUGGGGCCAUCCUUCAGACAAUCUGGGUGCCAUCUUGGCUGUUUCCGACUGGCAAUGCCGGACCCGCAAGUCUUCUCCAGGCACAACCCAUGGUGGACCACCCAUGACCAUGAAAACGGUCCUCACUGCCAUGACCAAGGCCUAUGAGAUUCAAGGCUGCUUUCAGAUAGCCAAUGCAUUCAAUAAAGUGGGACUUGAUCACACUAUUUUAGUGAAAAUAGCCUCCACAGCAGUUGUGGCAUGGCUGAUGGGUUUGACUGAAGCUGAAGCUGUUCGCGCACUUUCUCACGCGUGGAUCGACGGCCAUCCUUUACGGAUUUUCCGGCAGGCACCGAAUGCAGGCCCUCGGAAAGGAUGGGCGGCAGGGGAUGCCACCAUGAGGGCGGUUCAUCUCUGCUUCCUCAUGCGGGCCGGCCAACCGGGCAUCCCCACCGCGCUCACCGACCCAGAUUGGGGGUUUCAAAGAACCAGCUUUGGAGGCGCCGCUCUGCAGCUGCCACGCCCUUUCAAGAGCUGGGUUAUGGAAAAUGUGUUUUUCAAGUUGAUACCGGCUGAGGGUCACGGCAUCUCUGCCGUCGAGGCCGCCGUUCAGCUAUGUGCCGUCCUAUCCUCCAAGGGGCUCAAUGCUACUACUGAUAUCGCUCGCAUCAAAGUGCGCACGCACGAAGCGGCAUGCCGAAUUAUUGACAAGAGAGGCCCACUGUCCAACGCGGCCGACCGAGAUCACUGCAUGCGUUACAUGCUUGCCGUUGUCCUAUUGAAAGGCUCCAUCAUUGAGACUGCCGACUACAGCAACUCGAGUCCAUGGGCUCAGGAUCCACGCGUGGAAUCACUGCGGCAAAAGAUUGACAUGACUGAGGAUAAGCAGUUUACGCAUGAUUAUCAUUACGCCAAAAAGAAGAGCGCUGCCAGCGGUCUCACCAUCGAGCUGGUGGAUGGCUCCAUGUUGGACGAGGUCGUUGUCGAACACCCCUUGGGCCACCCAGGGAGACAGGAUACUAUUCCCGCUGUACAAAACAAGUUUCGACAAAACAUGCGCCUCAUGUUCCAGGACACUGAGAUCAAUCAUAUCAUCGAUGCGGUAGAGGAUGAUGCGAUGUUGAUUAGCGACUUCACGGAUCUCUUGGUGCGGCCUGAACCCGCCAAGCCUCAAGCCAAGUAA